AUUUACCCAUCUUCCCCUUGCGCCGCCAACCCUAGUAGAUUCCGGUCGAAGAUUUCAGAAUCGCUUGGUUGGCAAUGGCAAAGUAGUAGCAGUAGGAGCCGCAGCAACAGUAGCAGUGAAAACAUGGCGUCUCCUUCGCGAAGGUUACAGACCAAGCCUGUAAUAACUUGCUUAAAAAGCGUGCUGCUCAUCUACACCUUUAUCUUCUGGAUCACAGGUGUCAUCCUUCUAACAGUUGGUAUUUGGGGAAAAGUCGGCCUUGAUGUGUAUUUUUCCCUCCUGAACGAAAAUGCCACCAACGUUCCAUACGUUCUCAUCGGCACUGGGGCCGUCAUCAUCCUCCUGGGCACGUUUGGUUGUUUUGCCACAUGCAGAGCAAGUACAUGGAUGCUGAAAUUGUAUGCAAUGUUCCUGUCUAUCAUUUUCCUGGUUGAACUGAUCGCUGCCAUUGUUGGGUUAGUUUUCAGGCAUGAGAUUAAGAACAGUUUUCAGCAGGGUUACCUUCAAGCUCUACAGCAGUACAAUUCUACAGGAGAUCCCAGGAGCCAAGCUGUGGAUACAAUACAGAGAACUCUGCAGUGUUGUGGCGUUAAUUCAUACAAUGACUGGGGUCAAGCUCCGUACUAUAAAACACAUGGAAUUCCCCAGAGCUGCUGCAGAGUCCCGGGUAACUGCACAGAGGCAGACAUGAAAGAUAUGGUGAAGGCUGGAGGAAAAGUAUUUAAACAGGGUUGUAUUUCCUUGGUUACUACCGUUAUGGAGUCACGGAUGGGUGUCGUAGCUGGCAUAUCCUUUGGAAUAGCUUGCUUCCAGCUUGUGGGAAUGUUCCUGGCUUGCUGUCUAUCCCGUUACAUUACGAACAACCAAUAUGAGAUGGUGUAACUAAACCUCGCUGUGGCAAGCAUUAAGGGAGUGUUCCUGUGUCAGAUUUGAUGGUGCACUGAAUCUUCUAGCUAUGAUGGCGCAGCAAUAAAACCCCAAGAACACACGGAGAAGCUCUCUGAAGAGGCUUUCUUACCCUAUAUCUGAAACAGUUUACGCUUAACUUAAUUUUUCUGUUCCAGGACCCCUUACCCCCAAAAAAUUAGGGCAAGUAAUAGCUAUCCCUGGACAUUGCGCAAGUCCUUAUGCAGCACCUAAGCCAGCUGCUAUACAUAACAUUACACAAUCUACACUACAAGACCACUGCUUUCUUAGGUUGUAGCAGAUGUACUAACAUCCCUUACUCCCUGUUUAGCCAUAGAGUUAUGGUUUCACUCUGUAUAUGUUGUUUGGUUGCUGGACCAGGUCUCCAGGCAGGUUUUUCAUAAACCAAAUGUCAAAGUGACAGGGAUUUGGGAGGUGAUGAUAGGUCUAUACACAAGAAACAAUAACUGACAAAUCUGCAAGCUGUUAGUAUCACGGAGUUACCUUGCAACACUAAGGGGCCUAUUUAUUAUGCUGUGCAAAAUGAAAUUCACCGAAAAGAUAAUGUAAAAAGCUGUGUAAAAUAAAUGCAGAAUUUCUCAAGCUGUGUUUCAUUUUAUGCCAUGUGAAUGCCAGCUUUUCCGCCAUUAUUUUACACUGCUUCAGACCUUCAGUUCCGGCGGAAGUUGCACCAAGAAAAAACACGUAAAAAAUUUACUCAAUUUUUUACACAGCAAAUUGUUCCGCCAUUUCUUACAUCACAUAAUAAAUAUGCGCGAGGGAAUGUAAGCCAUUUAAAAAGUAAAAACACUACGACGACAAGCAAAGGCAUUAUCAGAGCCACAAUAACUUAUACCCUAAGGUUAAAUUCCAGACAUGAUAAUGUGUAACUGCAUAAAAGGUCAUAACGGUAGCAAUGUCUCCAUUAAUGGGUAACUUUAUUUCCCCAUUUGCCUUUAUCUGUAUAGCAGCAGUAUUUACACAAUGGCUCUUUCUUUAUUAUGAUAUAUGCUAUAGAUUUUGACAGACUCUUAUUUGAACUGUGAAUGUCGAAAAAGUUUACUAAGACUUUUUUAAAAAUAAAUAAUUAACAAAAACAGAGCAGGGAGUUGCAGGGGCUGUAUUCCAUGAUAAAAAGCCAGUCAUCACAAAAUUCUUUGUUUAUUUAUACCAAGCUUGCAAAAUAACACCAACUAUCCUCUCUACGUCAAUUUUGGCUCUCUCAUACUGUGUAAGGCAAAAUAACUCCUGUGUCUAUGCCAUUGUUUACAAAAAUCAGUGGGACCACUGUUACAAAAAACAAUUGUAAAACGCAGAAAAAAAUGCUGUUUUUAACAUGAGUUUUUGUAGCAGCAGCUUCUAUACAAAUUUUUUUUAAUAGCGCAUGGUUUUUUACUCACAGCUGCACAAAGGUAAUCUCACAGUUUUAGAAAUGAGUUUGUAUAAUUCCAAGCAGGGCUUUCUGCACAGUUUAAUAAAAAGGCCCCUGUAACUCCUUUACCAAACCAAUGGUAACACAGAGUGCAGGGGGGGCUGUCCUGCAGUAAAUCUGCCAAGACAAGGAAGGGCCUUUGCAAUUUGAGGCAUGGUAGAAAUGUCUUGGCAGAUUAACUGCAGGACUCUGCAUCAUCUGUUGCACAUCUGCUGGAAGACAUAACAGUAGGAAUCACAAGACUGUUGGCAAGAUUUAUUAUGAUGAUCUGACUGAAAGACUAGACUCAGGGUUUUUUUCCUUUGCAGUACUAUAGUAUGGUGAAGCUUUAUAAGUGAGGAAUAGAUUUCUGUUACAAGCCAAGGCCCCCCUCCAGAGACCCUCACCUUUACUACUCUAUUGUGGACCACCAAUAUCCACCCUGUUUGCUAUAAUUGUGAUUAAAAAGCAGAGUGCAGCAGGGUUUUAGGUCACCAUUCCAUGCCUCAUCUUGUUUUCCCAGUGAUGGCACCUUCUACUGUGCAUGCAGGGGUGGAUUAAAUUCAGCUGUGGCCCUAGGUAGUACCCUCCCACAUCACCUUUGACCUCUUCCCCCUUCUUUGCAACACUGUGCCCCCCCCCAACCUGGUUGCCAUUGUGGUAAUCUAUCACUGUGUUCAGAAUGCUUACAAAAUGACAUCAAGCUAUGCAAGAUAGCAUCCACCAACCAUACUCUGCUAAUCUCUUUUAUAUUACAGUUAUCAGGUAGUAAGGGGUCUCUCUCCUUUAACCAAACCAUGGUGCUUUUUCUAAAAGCUAUAUCAUAAUGUCAAUUUAAAGGGAAAUAUUGGAGUGUCACUUAAAAGGGACAGAAAUGUAAGGGAUCUACAUGCAUAUGUAUGCAACUUGUAAAUCUUUAUAAAAGAAUUGCUAAUAAGAUGUUGGCCACGUAUCUUACCUUGGAUGAUCUUAAAUCUUUCUUGUUUAAUUAUACUGUAUUUUCUUAGGCCUAUAGGACACCUUGGUGCUUUGACUGCCACAUUGCUUAACUCCUUUAAUGGUCUGUCACCUCUUCCCAUAGAAGACCAUUGGUGGUGACAGUCAGAAACUGCUUAGAAAUGCUUGCUUGGAGAUACUCUUUAGUUCUAGCUUGUCAACCAGUGUUAUUGUAGGCAGAAUGUUUCCCAUAGUGGUAAAGGGCAGUCAAGGGAAUUUUGAACAUUUUUACUUUCCCUGAGACCACUGCAGCAGUAACAUAGCAGCACAUGUGCCUUUGGCAGGGCAGUGGCACACAAGGUGAUUUUUUUUAGUACCUCCAGAGGUGGCACUAAUUUGCUCAAAUUUCUCCCCAAGUGCAUGUAUAUACUAGUUAUCAACAGUGGCCUGACCAACUCUUGUAGUAAUGUGUUUAGAUGAUUGCCGUAGCAAGCAAUAGGGGGCUCAUGGGUUUCAAAACUCAAGGCUACCAAAGCUCCUGAAAGUUCCCUACAUGUAAUUGCUUGCCAAUGUUGCUUUUGGACCAUGACUGUCCAUACUUCCAGAAGAAAAGCUGUCAAUCAAGUAAAGUGGGUCUGUAGUUAACGAUGCUGCCUAUCAAUUAGGACAAAUAUGAUGCCAUUAUUGCCUUAUGCUUUAAACUUCGCCUUUGUCUCUGAAACUAUAUCUGUAUAGGGAUACCAUAUGGAAUGAACACGCAUUUUAUUUACAUUGACUUCACUGGUUGUGUGCUUAAUGUUUUAAAGUAGCCCAUCUCUGAUAUGUGAGCUAGGCAUCUACUGGAUAUGAAGCAUUGUAACUUUAGUAAAAGGGACACUUUAUAAAAUAAGCCAAUGCUAAAGACUUUUUUAAUGUAACCGUUUCUUACUAUCUAUUCAUUUUUAGCUAGUUCCUUUAUACACUUGACUACCUUAGUCUGUACAAUCUGUGGCACAGAAAGAUCAAGAACCUGACAGACAUGCGCUCUACAAUCUACAUUUCCAUUCUGCUGCCAGCAAUGAAAAAAGAAUGCUUUGCCAGUCAAGGCCAGAACAAGAGAAAGAUUGUGUGUUUAUAAGUGAAAAAACAAGCCAUUUCUAAAAGAGCCUCAUUGCAGAGGUUAGGUGAUUAGCUCCUCAUGGUUUAGCAGAAUGUUGCCAACAAUAUAUGAAAAUGUGUCUACAAGAUUCCGUUUUGUUUAUUUUUUACUUGAUGUUGUUUUUAUGAUCUUUUGACUAUUUUCCAUACUACAAAUUAGAUAUAUACAAGAGAUAUGUUUACCUAGUCAAGCAGAAAUGCCUUUCUGACUAGCACGACAAAUUGUUUGUCAGUAUUAUAUGCUGCUUUAUUGUAAUACUUUCUUAUUUCUAAUAUAACAAACUCUUUCCUUGUCUUUAUGUACAAUAAACUUGUCAUUUUUUUU